AUGCUGUCGACUAAAGUGCUUCCGCUGCUCUUGUCGGCCCUGCUGGUCGCUGCAGUGCCUCAAAAGCAUGAGCACUUGCAUAAUCGUGCAAGUGACUCAAGCACGGAGUACGAGUAUGUGGUGAUCGGGUCCGGUCCUGGAGGAGGCCCUCUGGCUUCUCGUCUUGCAAUCGCUGGCACAAGGUACUCCUAA